CUAAUGAGCUCAAACCGUGUUUCGUUUGAAUGCACUGUGGGACCAAAUCAGUGGAGGCUGCUGUGGGGAGGAUGGGUCAUAAUAAUGGGUGGAACAGAGCAAAUGGAAUGGCAUUAAACACAUGGGAACCAUGUGGUUGAUGUAUUUUCUCCCAUUCCACUCAUUCCACUCCAGCCACUACCACGAUGCCGUCCUCCCCAAUUGAUAUGGAGGGCUUAAGUACACUUGAUUUGGGUUGAUAUUGGUACAAUUAUUUUAUGCUGUUGUAAUAAUUAGGCAAAAAGCUGUAACUAACCCCUUUCGUGGUUGUUGUAACUCAUAAAUUGAAUUGUGGGGUAUCAACGAAAUAAUAAUAACUUUAUGCACGGUCGAGAUGUUUAUCUAUUGCUAUUUCAUUUCCAUAGAUGAUACCUUUUAUUUAAACACCACAACUGGGGAGAUUUCAAUGACAAUAAACCUGCCGAACAAGACUAUCACCAUCAACGAUAAAGCCGACGACGAUCUGAAAUGCUUUUGGUUCAUUGAAAGCUAUGUUGAGUGCACCUCAAUGAACUUGACCUCUAUUAACCUCACUGAGUGUCAGACGGUGCAGAUUUCUGUCGUCGAGAACUCAACCAGCAACUUCCUCCAUGUGUGAGGUCACCAAGUGUACUGGGACAGCAAUCACUGCCCUGAUGAGAGAGAUACAAGACCAUCCCAGUGAGGGUCCAAAGGAUCUUAAAAGGGUCCUGAACAUGCAAAAUAUGUGUGCAGACCUGUUCAAAAAUGAUUGGACCAUGAGGAUGAUGUUUAUUGGCGUUGAACGGGGCCUGAUACACAACAUGAUGAACAUCUCAAUCACCGGAGAGCCUGUGUACUACGACCUCAGGGAUCUGGCUCUGACUGUGUUUAACCUGACCAACCUAACCAGUGCGGAUGACAAGAUGGUGAAAAUUAAAGCCCCAGAGCUCCUCCCUGAGAACAACUCUUACAUUCCGGAAACAUGGAUCCCUAUUGAUGCACUCCAGAACAUCCCGGAGGAAAAUAGGAUAGUGGGCGUGGUCACCUAUAAAUCACCCAAUCAAUUCUUGGUUAAAGAGGAACUCGUGAGAACCAUGGCCAUACGGAUAGAGUUGGAUGGCGGCAGACAACUUGGGAACUUGAUCACUCCACUCAAGAUGAAGUUCAAAUUGCUUGACCCUAUAAUACCAGUGAAUUACAGCCUGUCGUGUCAAUAUUUCAAUGAAUAUGGGAACAUAAGCCUCCCAGACACUGUCUUUUGGAAGACGGAUGGAUGCGUUACUAAGAUCAACGACAGCGUGGUGGAGUGCCUCUGUAACCACGCUACGCCUUUUGCCGUGCUGCUGAUCGCCGACCUAUCUAUUGACGGUGUGCACUGGCAGGUCUUGUCUUACAUCAGCUACAUUGGCUGUGGCUUGUCGGCCUUCUUCACCGCCAUAUCCUUCCUCACCUACGUCAUCACCACGAACUCCAGGGUGGACAACGCCAACAGCAUCCACGUGUCACUGAGCGGGGCUUUGUUCCUGCUCAACACCUCUUUCCUGCUCAACGAGUGGGGGUCCAGUCUGGGCAUCAGGGGCGUGUGUGUCUUCAUUGCGGCGGCCAUUCACUACAGCCUCCUCAGCUGUUUCACCUGGAUGGCCAUUGAAGCUGUCCACCUGUAUCUCCUCCUGGUCAAGGUGUUCAACACCUACUACCGACACUAUAUGGCCAAGCUGUCUGCCAUUGGCUGGGGACUCCCUGGUAUCGUUGUGGGAGUUUCAUUGGCGGUCAAGGAUAUUAAACCGUUAUAUGGACCUACAGAAAUGACUAUGGCAGACACUAACCAGACAAAUACAAUCUGCUGGAUCACGGACAUCCCCUUCUUCUACAGUAUGAACCUGGCCUACUUCACCAUCAUCUUUGUCCUUAACUCUGGCAUUCUGUUAACGGUGACCUCCCGGAUCUGCCAGCUGCAGCGCUAUGGCAGUAAGGGCAAGCCUGGGAAGGCAAGCCUGGCCUGGAAGGACAUCGGCACCGUCCUGGGUCUGACCUGCCUGCUGGGCAUCACCUGGGGCCUGGCCUUCCUCAGCUACGGCUAUGUCAAACUUCCCAUCCUCUACCUGUUCAGCAUUUUCAACUCCCUCCAAGGAUUCUUUAUAUUCCUAUGGAUCUGUGGCACUGCCAGGAAAGACAGGGAGCGGGCGGCGAAUACCAAGAGCACAUCAGCAGCUCUGAACAUCUCUCCAGCCAAACCCAAGGAGGAGAUGUUCCCUGGCAACAAUCCCUACCAGUAAACAAUGUCUGUCCACAAUGGAGAUCACCCAUAUCUUCUUAGAUGGCAAGGGAAGUUUUGGCUUUGUGUCUAAUGACAUAUGCAUGGUCUCUUUCUUUCUCUUUCAAAUUGAGUUAUGGUUUCUACACCGGUUGUGUGAGUACCUGUGCUGUGUGUUUUGGGCUUUUGUGGCCUUGUGGAUUGCGCAGAUGAUUACUGGUCUUGUCCCGUGUGUUAAUCAUCGUGCACGUUUUGUUUGGGUUUCAACCCUGUGUCUUUGUUACGUGUUUGUUUGGUCUUCAUCCCCGUGCCUUUACACGGCACGCCGUAAUUUGGGGCUGAAUAAAAAAAAAUAUUACGCAUUCCUGCGCCUGUCUCCCGAAUCCAUUUAUACCAACGUGACAUGCAUUUUCUUCUGUAUCAUUCCAAUGUAUUUAUUGGGAAAGUGCUUUGAGGGAAUCAUUUUACUUGAAGUGUACGUUGUUUAUGAUUAUCAACCUUCAUUAAAUAUCCGAUCUCAA